GUCAAUGGAGCAAAAAGAAAGGUGUACUCGUAAUAUGGCACACUAACCCAACACUUCAAUGUGUAAGCUUUUUGUCAAUUAUCAAAGUAAUGACUUUAAAGUUUGUUUCGAUUCUUUUUCGACAGGUUUCUAUCAUUCUUGGCAAUUCCCACUCUAAAGUGAUGCUGUUUGAUGAGGCGUGGGGUCGCAGUCUGUGCAGUGCCAUGCAGCGGCUGGUGGAGGUGGAUCAGGAGUAUCCUGGAGGUGUGGAGCACAUCUACAGUCCCGGGUGUGUUCCUCUGCUGCGCUGCUCAGGCUGCUGUAAUGAUGACAAAGUGGCGUGUUACCCCAGCAGAACACACAACACCACCAUUCAGCUGUUGAGAAUAACUCCGGCAGACAGAAUCAGAGAAUAUGUGCUUCUGUCCUUUCAGGAGCAUCACACCUGUGAAUGCAGGCCCAGACGACACCCCUGGAGAACUCAGCCAACAAUGAGAGGAGAGGAGAGGGGUCAACGCAGAAGAAGAAGAAGAAGAAGAAGAAGAAGAAGAGGUGGAACAGGACACUGAUGAUAUGUGUGUCAGUAACUCUCUGCUGCUCUCUAGUGUAGAAAUACAUUUAUCAGGAAGAAUCAAAUGCAUGACAGCUUGUUUAUUUGUCUUUGAUUCUUAUAUUCCACAAUGAAUAAAAAGUGAGACAUUUUAUGGAUUCAUGGAUCUUUUCCUCAGAUGAUAAUGAAUAUUUGAAGCGACAGUAAAACAAUCCGAUUGUGAAGGUAAAAUCCCUCAGCUCUCUGUGAUAAUAAUAUAUAAACCUGUAAAGAAACAGACAUGCUGUGAACGCUGAGGUUAUUUACUCAUUUCAAAACAUUGAU